AUGAUCAAUGUUGAUGUGACCAUCAUCAUGAGUCCAAAAGUCGAUGUUGAGGUGCCCAUCGCAAAGAAAAAGACAAAUGUCACCUUGUCAGACCACGCAGAUGCUCAAAAUGAAAGCCGUAAUAGCUGGUGGAGAACGAUCAUUAAAUCCUUUGAUGAUGGCGACCCAAUGCUAGGAAGGACGAUGUUGUCGGCAUUCAAAGCAAUGUACGGAGACAUUCCUUUCAAUCCUGAUCCUGAUAGAGGCAGACAGCCCGAAGUAUUGGAGGAAAGAGGAAGGAAACAGGAGAGACGCCCACGUACGGAAUCUCUGAUCCUAGACGAAGAUCCUGCCGAACAAGGCCUUGACAGUAGGAAAGCGCAUUCCUCCAGAACUAAUAUUGCUAAACGACAAAAGGCGACCAUGAAUCUCCCGAGCAAAUCUUCAUCCUCUGCUAGAAGAGUACCUAGCAACUCAACAACCAAAAAGAAAGAGCUACUAACAAUACUUCGACAUCCAACCAAGACGGUAACGGGUGGAAAAGUGGUUCUAAGAGCAGACGCAACAACCACAACAACAACAACAAUAAUAGAAAGAAUAAUUUUGAGCGUAACAACAACAGCAAGAAAAAUUGGAAGACAGACUUUAAUGGAGGAAGUAACAGAUUCACUCACAACCACAAUCAGAGCACGAGCCAGUACUUUAGUCGCAACCAGAACAAUCAGAAUCCCCCCUACAGUGGUUACUUCCCAUCAUCCACCUAUACUUUCCAACCCAGUGUCCCGAGGCACGAUAGCAGGUCCUAGCGAACCACAAAAUCAGCUGGCAAUAGUACCCAAGGCGGGUGGUAGGAGACAAGGUGUUGCAUUAGCCAUAUUGAAUAGGCAAAACGGAGGAGGAAAGCAAACAUAG